AUGCUGCCAGCCAAUUUCCUAGUGGUGUGGAUAUCCUUAGCAAAAGGAUUAGCCUAUAAACUAUCUCAAAUGUCGAAGUUGAAUGGCCAUCUCUACACGGAAGUCGUCGAGCAGCCAUGGUUCCGCUAUCCGCAUGUUGUACACGUACCGAUCCCAGUGGCGCAAGUGAAUCAGUCCAUGUACGGAAGACACCUCUUGCCAGAAGAUGACAUUUAUGCUAAACAUGACUGGACUGACGAAGAGCGGGAAUGUUUGCCGUGUAUGAAUUUGACUUGCGUUUGUCCAUACUACAAAGGUAAAGUGUCCGGUGGAAAUUGCGUGUUGCCGAACGGCAAACUUCUACAGAAGGCGGUGCGAAAAGAAACUCGUAUGCUUAGCAAUAGUGAACGCAAUCAGAUUGCAGUAGAUUCGAACUUGCUUUUCGAAGAUUCCUUCCGCUUGGGAGUAACCUUGGACUACCAUAUUGGGACAGCUCACUUGAAGUUCGUGCCCGACAUGAGCAAUGAAGAGUUGCUGAACAACGCACGCAUUGACUUUGUUCUUCAGCAAGAGUGUAUCGAACAAGUACUGGCGGCCGCGAUGCCCUUGGAGGCAGUAAAAGAGAAGUUUCAACGAUCAAACGCCUUUCAGACAUGCAAAAUAAUCAUCCCCGAUGGUCGACUGUUAUCGUACUCACAUGAUUAUGCCCACUUUUUCAUCAACGGUGAUAUGAAAGAAACGUACUCGUCGACUAGCGAGACACGUGACCAGCGUGAAACCGACUAUCCACCUCCUCUUCCGGAUUGCUAUCCUGAAAUGCACUUCGGCAACGCUUCACUUAAGGAUCUAGAGCCGUAUACGAACGAAGAAGUGCUUUCGAACCACUAUACGGAUUACAUGUACGAGUACGAUAAGUGA